CUGAGGAUGAAGAAUCUCCUCUUUGCCGUGCUCUUGGCUUGUGGGCUGCUGCCGGCUGACAGCAGCGUGCUGGAACUCGAGCGGCUGAUCAGGUCAGCCACGGGGAAGAGUGCCCUGUGGUCCUACAGCUGGUACGGCUGCUUCUGCGGCAUCGGGGGCAGAGGCACCCCGGUGGACUCCACCGAUCGCUGCUGCCAGGCACACGACUGCUGCUACAGGAGGCUGAGAGAGGGCAGAUGCAGACCCCUGAUCACUCCCUACCACUUCACCAGCGCCGACGGAGACAUCGUCUGCAGUAAAGAGCAGAGCUGGUGCAAGAGAGAGACCUGCCUGUGUGACAAGGAGGUGGCUUCCUGCUUUGCCAGCUCUCUGGAAUCCUACAACCAAUCCUACCGCUUCUACUUCAAGCUGAGGUGCCAAGGAAGCAAACUGCAGUGCUGA